AUGGCCUCUUAUCAUAGCCUCUUCAGAUCUCUCCUCCCUUCUAUCCUCCAUUCCAAACCUAACUAUUCUCUCCUCUCUUCCAAAUCAUUCUUCUCCACGCUCCCACAAAACCCAGCAUUAAACCCCACACGCCAACGCCUCACCACCCAAACCUAUACCAAAUUUCUUCACCUCUUGCGCCGCUGUGACUCGAGAGAAUUCCUCAGUAAACUCCACGCACUUGUUGUCGUCACCGGGCUUUUAGAAGACGACAUUUUUAUUGGUGAAGUCAUCGAUAAAUAUCUCGUCUUCAAUAAUCCCAAAUUCGCGAUCUCUGUCUUCAAUUCCACAAGUGGACCAACCUUAUCCUUGCAGAAUCACACGAUUAGAUGCCUUUCAAAUCAUGGGUUCCACGCCGAACUGUUGCAUUUAUAUGCUUGGUUGCAGAAUUCAUGCUACCGUAGCUCCGAUAAUUAUACAUUUCCUUUUGUGAUCAAGGCCUGUACCGCUGUUUCUAGUCCUCGAGCAGGGAAGGAGGUUCAUUGUGUGGUUCUGAGAACUGGAUACGGCGGGAAUUUAGUGGUAAAGACUGCUCUUCUUGACAUGUAUGCUAAGACGGGGCACAUCCAAUUGUCAAAAAAGGUUUUUGAUGAUAUGUCUGAGAGAGACGUGGUUUGUUGGAACGCUUUGAUUUCAGGGUAUUGUUCAAAUGGGUCUGGCCGAGAUGCUUUUGAGGCUCUCUGGCUGAUGCAGGCGAACGGUUUCAUGCCUAAUUCAAGCACCAUUGUCAGCAUCAUCCCCGUGUGCACAAGUUUAGGAGCAUUGAUGUUGGGAAAGUUGCUACAUGGUUUUGCAUUGAAAUGUGGGGCUUUUAACGAUGAGGCUCUUGUGCCUACUCUAAUUUCAAUGUAUGCUGGAUUUGAUGAUCUAUGUGCUGCUAGAAUGCUGUUUGAAACGUCAUCCAUGAAAGAUUUAGUUGUUUGGAAUGCUAUGGUUUCAGCAUAUGGACAGAAUGGGAAAUGGGAUGAAGCCUUUCAAGUUUUUCAGCUCAUGCACCAUAGAGAUGCAAGGCCUAAUCUAGUCACGCUGGUGUCCGUUCUUCCCGCUUGCAGUAAUCUCUUUAGCAUUCAUCAUGGAGAGUCUAUUCAUGCUAUUGGAAUCAAACUUGGGCUGGUAGAUCAGAUCUCUGUUGUGGCUGCUCUUGUCUCAAUGUACUCUAAGCUUGGGGAUUUAGAUUCAGCUAAAUAUCUUUUUAAUGCAGCGCCUGAGAAAAGCCUUCUCCUGUGGAAUUCUAUGAUCUCUGGCUGUCUUCAGAAUGGGGGGUGGAGCAUGGGUCUUGAUACUUUUCGUGAUAUGCAACUUGGAGGUAUUGCACCAGAUGCAAUUUCUGUGGUUAGUGUCAUUUCUGGAUGCACUUUAGCUAGAGAAUUGCGCUCUGGUAGGUCUGCCCAUGCUUACAGUAUUAGAAAUGGAUUUGGCUUGAACACAAAUGUGACAAAUGCACUCUUGGCUCUGUACUCUGAUUGUGGUCAGUUCUCUGCUACUCUCAAGUUGUUUGAUAAGAUGCAAGUGCCAAAUGUGGUUUCUUGGAAUACUUUAAUAUCCGGGUGGGCUAAGCUCAGAAACAUAGAAGCGUCAAUAUCCUCCUUUUGCAAGAUGCGCCAAGAGGGUGUACAAUUUGACAUGGUUACGUUAAUCAGCCUUCUUACUUGUGUUUAUCUGGUUGAAGAUCUUGCACGCGGAAAGUCCAUCCAUGUUUUGGUGAUCAAAACUGGGUCCGAUGAUGAUUUAACUCUUACAAAUGCUCUUAUAAGUAUGUAUACAAACUGUGGUGAUAUUUAUGCUGGUCACCAACUUUUCAAUAGGUUGUCCUUCAAAAGCAUUGUCUCUUGGAAUGCUUUGAUGACAGGAUAUCGUAAGCAAAACUUAUUCAGGGAGGUCAUGGUCCUGUUUGAUCAAAUGAAGAUAAAUGGUCAGAAGCCAAAUUCUGUUACCAUGCUGAAUGUAUUACCCUCUUGCGAGAGCAAGUUACAGGGCAAGUCUCUGCAUGCAUAUGCUCUUAGAAAUUUCUGUGUGUUGGAGCCAGUAGUUCUUACAUCAACAAUGUGCAUGUAUGCUAGAUUUGAUAAUGUAAACUAUUGUGAGAUACUGUUAGAGAUGGUAGACAAAGGAAAUGUGGUAGCAUGGAAUGCUCUGAUGUCUGUCUAUAUUCAAAGCAAACAUGUAGAAGAAGCAGUAAAUUCCUUCCAGGAAAUGCUUCAAACAGGAAUAGAGCCCGACUCUGUGACAAUGCUAACAUUGAUCUUGGCUUGCUCACAAUUAGAAAGUCUAGAUUUAGCACAAUGUGUGAUGGGUUUCACUAUUCGCAAGGGCUUUGAGAAGAACACAUCUGUGAGCAACUCUCUUAUAGACAUGUUCGUGAGGUGUGGGAGCAUAUCUACUGCAAGAGAACUGUUUGAUGGCUUGAAAGAAAAGGAUCCGAUCACUUGGAGUGUGAUGAUAAAUGGAUAUGGAACACAUGGCAAUGGUGCAGCCGCCCUUCGUCUCUUCUCCGAGAUGAAAGAAGCUGGGGUGGAGCCAGAUGAUAUUACUUUCAUUAGUAUUUUGUCAGCUUGCAGUCAUGCUGGUUUAGUUGAGCAAGGACGGAUGUUGUUUGAAUCGAUGUUGGAGGAGUAUUCUAUAGCACCGAGGAUGGAGCAUUAUGCCUGCAUGGUGGACCUCUUUGGCCGCACAGGACGCUUGGUUGAGGCAUAUGAUCUUGUCGAAAAGCUACCUUUCAAGCCUUCUCCUAGUUUGCUGGAGUCUAUGCUGGGAGCCUGUCGAUGUCAUGGCAAUGCUGAAAUUGGAGAAGCUAUUGGGAAGUUGCUCAUUGAGUUCAGCCCCCAUAGUCCAAGCUCAUAUGUGAUGCUCUCCAACAUCUAUGCAGCAGCUGGAAGAUGGGGUGAUUAUGGGAGAUUAAGGUGGGAAAUGGAAAUGAGGGGAUUGAGAAAAGAUCCUGGAAUUAGUCUAAUUGAGGUAAAAUAGCAGGCUGAUUGUUCUCCUUAUGAUCAAGCUACUUAGACUCUCCGUACCUCCCUCCAAGGUAGCAAAUGUAAGCUGGAUAGAAACGUUAGUUAUUUAUUGAUUCUUGACACCAACAGAUUGGGAAUUUUAAUAAGAAAUUCGUUAGCUAAAGAUUAUGUUGUUAUACUAUGCUCUUGUUGCAU